AUGACUUCAGCAGCUCCUCUCCAUAUCUUGAUUGCAGGAGGCGGCGUCGGGGGACUCACAGCAGCAAUCGCGCUCCGCCGAGCUGGCCACCGCGUCGAGAUAUUCGAACAGUCCAGCUUCUCGCACGAGACUGGAGCUGCAGUCCAUCUAGCACCAAACUGCAACGGACUCUUGAGAAGACUUGGCUUGAAGGCUCAAGACAUUGGAGCCGUUGAGUUCCUUGGAAACGACAACUACUCGGCAGAAGGCGAGUUCCUGGAAAGCAUCUUCACCGGCCAUUCAGAGGAGACUUGGGGUCAUCCGUGGCAUCUGGUACAUCGUCAAGCCCUUCACACUGCGUUAAGACGUAUCGCUAUUGGUCCAGAGGGGGAUGGAGAGCCAGCUCGACUGCACCUCGGAAAGCGAAUUCAAUACGCAGAACCAGAUACCGCACGACUAGUCUUCGAGGACGGCUUCGAGGCCCAAGGCGACCUUAUCAUUGGCGCCGACGGCGUUCACUCACGUACGCGGAAAGCCAUACCAGGCGGUGAUCUGAUGCCUUUCGACUCUGGAAAGAGCGCCUACAGAAUCCUCGUCCCAACCUCGAAACUGGCCGCCAACCCCCUUACCGCGCGUUACGUCUCAAAGCCAGGCUACGAGGUCAUGUGGACGAAGGGGUCGAAGAAGAUCGUCAUGUACCCUUGCAAAGGGGGGUCAUUGAUGAACUUCGUUAUCUUGCACCCCAGCCAUGAAUCCGCCCACGACGUUGCUGGCUCUUCAGGGGCGUGGCAGACGACUGGAGACAAGGAGCGAAUGUUGCAGAUCUACAAAGAUUUUGCACCCUCGGUCCUUGCAUUUUUGAGCAUGGCUGAGGAGGAGAAUCUGAAAGUCUGGAAUUUGCUCGAUCUGGAGAAGAUGCCAGCUUGGGUGAACAACAAGCUCGCUCUAUUGGGUGAUGCAGCGCAUCCUUUCUUGCCGUACCAAGGCCAGGGAGCCGCACAAGCAAUCGAAGACGGAGUCUCUUUAGCUACUGUCUUACCACUCGGCACCCCCAAGGGUGCGAUACCGGAGCGCUUGCAACUCUAUGAGAGGUGCCGAUACGAGAGAGCACAUACCAUCCAGCAGAACACCCGCAUCACUGGCGACGGCUUCAUUGAGUACAACUUCGCUCAUGAUGAGUACGAGCAUUCGAAGGACCAGUUGAGGCAGCAUCUGGCCGCGGGAGGGAAGUAG